AUAGUGGAUUGUUCAUAUAAAGGAAUUAACGUAAUCAAUUCUUCGUGGUUUGAUUCAAAUGCUACAAGCCUUCUGCUGGACUACAACUCAAUUUCUGUCCUAACUAAUGGAAUCUUUUCGAAUCUUCAACAACUUCGUACCUUAAGCAUAACGCGUAACAAAUUAGAACGAAUUUUCGAUGACGCAUUUUUGGGGUUGGAGAGUUUAGAAUUUCUAAAUUUAGAAUACAAUUACCUCAUGCCCAAAAAAAGUUUUCCACUGAAUGUAUUCUCAUCGUUACUGAAUCUGAAAACCCUCCUGCUCGUCCAGGAACUAAGUCUUCGAAACAAGAGCUUUCCCGACGUGAGGCGCUUGACCGAUCUGACCACACUCUCGCUCGAUACCGUCGAUGUAGUAGUGUCAAUGGGUGAAGAGUUUAAAGAGCUAAAGGUGCUUUCCAGCUUGACCUUGUCUGGCUCUGCCAAGGUCAUCAGCAAUCAAAGUUUCAUCAAUGUUCCUCAUCUCAAAGAACUGAGGCUGACAAACCUGGGUCAGUUGUCGGAAAUAGACACGCAAGGCUUGGCACAGCUACGUUUUUUGAACAGGCUCGAGAUAAACUCAAGCACAAUAGGAGUGACAAAGACGAUGCGCGCGUUAGAACCCUUGCAGAACCAGAACAUGACCGAGAUACUCCUUCGGUACAUUAAGUUGACCAGCAGGAAUCAAGCUCCUGGUCUGAUAAACCAGGACGGGAUUCUGGACAGAAACAAAACAAAGUAUUUACUUGAAAUCUGUGUCAGUAAAUUCAGUCUCAUAGAUUCUAACAUUUACGUCGUAACGAAUGACGCGAUGGUGAGUGAAACAUGGCAGGCGUGCCUGAAGUUCAUCGAUCUGUCAGGAAAUCCUUUAAAA